UGUAACAGAUAAAUAAUUCAUGUCAAAUCAAAAAUGAGGUGUUCCCAUCUACUUAAAUUUUAAAAAUAGAACUAAGUCGAGAGACCUGAAAUGAUAACAAUAACUGUUUUAGCUAUGACCCGUCUUUAACUUAUGGCCGGGUGAAGCAACCCGCGUUACCAGCUGUGGUUCCCCACUUCGUGUUGUACGACAAGCGGUGUCUCAACUUCACGGCUUUCUUCAAGCAACCCGUGUACGACAACCCGGACGAGAAGUACAGGGUGCGCGUCGUCAACCUCGUCUAUUUCCUAGAGGAUGACACUAUGACGGUCAUGGAGCCGCGAGUUAAGAAUUCUGGACUAUGGCAAGGGCGGAUGGUGAAGCGAGGCAAAAUACCGAAGAACGAUCUAGGCGAGUAUUGGCAUUGGAAGGAUUUGGACGUCGGCAAAGAUAUAUGCAUAUUCGGCAAAGUUUUCCAUACUGUAAGCUGUGAUCUUUAUACGAAGGAAUGGUUGGAAUCACAAGGUAUAGAAUUAUCAAAACCAGAAGACUUGCCAAUCGAUGCGUAUGCGCAGAAGGAGCGCUGGAAAUCUGUGCAACCGCCCAAAAAGGCACAAGCACAUGGUGAUCCGUUACGCCGCUUUCUGGAAUAUGAUGGGAAGGUUUUAGCAUUCAACGUGGUGUGGGACAACCGUGAUGCCGAGAAUGGGGAACUACAAGAAUACAAGUUGAUGUAUUUCCUGCAAGACGAUACAAUCGCCAUAAAGGAACUACACGAUCCUAGAGGAGGCAAAGAUCCGUUUCCGUUACUUCUCAAAAAAACUAAGCUGCCAAAAAAAUGGAAAGAAAAACCAGUUUCAUUUCCAUCAACGGUUCUGGAGACGACUGAGACUGAGGUGACGGAGUACUAUGCACCGAUGGACCUCAUUGUAGGUCAAACUAUAUUUGUACUCGGUCGUCGAUUUCUCAUUUUCGACUGCGAUCCUUUCACCAGAAAAUACUACAAAUCGAUGUUAAAUAUAGAUCAGCCGCCUCGCAUACAAGUUCGUCACGAUACUUCUAAGGAGUUUCCCAAGAGCUUCCCGCCACACAUUGGCAUUGGGACGCCAGAAGACUCGUUGCAGUCCUGUUUCGGUUUGGUUCCGAAACCACCACAUAAAGACGUCAUCAAGUAUAAUCUCAAUGCGAAUAAGUACCUGCGCUACCUGUGCGAGCUUGACUGGAUCCACCCCGAAGACAAAGGUCGCCAGUUCGUGCUGUCGUACAGCUUGGCCGAUGGCACGAUCAAGAUCGGCGAGAUUCCGCGCAGGAACUCCGGCAUUAGGGAGGGCAAGUUCUUGAAGGCGAUGCUCCUGCAGACGCCAGACUCGGACCCCAACUUCCCGACUUACUUCACGCCUGAUAAAUUUUAUAUAGGAGCUAUUGUGCCGGUAUUCAAGCACCGCUUCAAGAUCACCGGCUGCGACCUGUUCGUGUACCGUUACAUGAGCGCCAAUCCAGAAAAGUUCCCGCAGGAGGUCAUCGACAACGUGAGGAACUACCACAUGCGUGAGGGCAACUUGAAGGACGAACUGCAGCAAGCUAUCCGUGAAGAGCAAGCGGCAGAGGUUCGGUCCCAGUUGGCUAAGAUUGGACAAGCGGCUGUGGCCGAGCCCAACGCGAUGGAGCGGUGCCUCACCGCGCUCAACGUGGUGGAAGGCAGCGCCACGCCCCCUAGGCCCCCCACUCCGCCCAUGACUACAGACGUGAUCAACUAUGAUGACUCUUUGAGAGUGACGAGGCAGAGCAAACCAACCUGUGAGGAGAUAGCUCCCCUAAAGGGUAUCCUCAAGUCCGGCGAGGCCCGGGAUGAUCACCAAAAGGUGGUCUGCUUCAGCGGGCCCGCGACGGACGAGCACAGAGAGGCUCCUGCCACCAGGCGCACGUACCCGCCGGGCCAGCAGCCACACUUUGACGAUUCCGAAGACUUCUGCGAGAACCUUAAAGAGCCGGUAAGUGAUGAUGUAGAUCAUGAAGGAAUAGAGAGCAUAAGAUUGUAAGAAAAUGAAGUACUUAGUUAUAGAGUUCCUUUGAUUAUUUCAAAUUGUUUUAUGAAACUAACCUAUAUUGUGCAAUAUUGUAUUAUAAAACCUGUAACGUAGUCCCACAUUAAUCUUAUUGCUGAUAAAAAAAAACCUUUUAUUUCGUUAACUAUGUAGGUAUUUGACUAAAUGACAAAGAUUCAAAUGAAUAAAUAGUUAGUAAUUUUUGUUGCCUUGAAGUAAGUAUGUAGUCGUGAAAAAGUGCCUUAAAAAUAUUUUGUAUCUACAUAUAAUAAUCAUUUAUCCUUUUUUAUCAAGUAAAUCAACUAAUAUAGGUAUACCAAACAGUGUUUAAGAUAAAAUUUCAAAUAUCUUAGUUAAAGUAUAAAGGCAUUGUUCUACCCGGCAGGGAAAUCUUGCUUAACUUAUCUAAGAUUCGUUACUCACUAAAUAUUAACAAUGAUGUUAUUAUUAAAUAAUGUGGCUUCUUUAGUAAGGCACAGUUCCUGUUGGAAUUAAAAUAUAAUAAUGUAGCUUUCAACUGCUAAUUUAAAACUGUAUUAAGGUAAACAUUAAUGCUAAGCUUUCUUUGCCACCAUGAGAAAAAAGAAAUUUCAAUUUCAUUAAAGAAAACAAAUCAUAUCAACUGUGUACACCUAAAUUAAAUUUAAAUUGUAGUACCUAUUAAAAUUUAAUGUAAGUAAUUGGUAAGUGGUAAUUGGUAGUAAUAAGUUUCUAUGAGCGAUAGGAAGAAUAUUUUUUUCCUAUCCCUUUAAAAAUGUUAUAAGUAUAAAGUAUUAUAAAUUUUCGCUUUAUAAAAUGUAUUAAGUUCAUAAUACAAAAACUGUAACAACUUAUUUAAGAUUGACAAAAAGAAAGAAAGCACUCAAUACUUAGAUAAGCCUAGAUAUUGUUAUAAAGUAUUUAUAAGUGAUAGUCAUAUGUGCUCGAGCACAUGGACCAAAAUGGUUGUGAUACAAUAUCAAGUAAAAAUAUAUAAAAUAAUAAAUA